AUGCACUGUUUCAUCUGCAAUGGCGGCAACCCAACAGACAGCGGCAUAUGCCAAGACUGUGAUGGGUUCUUACCAAGAGGGGCGAUUGUCCAACGUGUAGAUAUCAGGAAUGACCCAAAGAAGAGCGAAAUCGUGGAUGCAAAUGUUCAGGAGGCAAAAUUGUGGUUUUGCGAGGAGCCGAACGCUGGCAAGGAGCCGAAAGCAGGUAGAUAUGGCAAUCAUUUGGUCAUACAGGUUGAGGUGUUUGAUGUUAAGGUCUACGUGGUAAUUGCCGAGGACCCCGAGAAGUCCAAGAAUGCCGAGAAGCCCAAGAAUCCCGAGGAUGCCGAGAAGCUCAAGAAGGAGUGGGACGAGAAGCGACAACUAAGGGUUCUCGAGGACCCCAAAACAGAAAAAGAUGUUGAGGGUCGUGUGAGGAUUUCUGUUGCGAAGAGAAAUGAGAAUGGGGAAGGGCCGAGAUAUAAACCUCCCUAUACUGCUCAAUUGUUGUUGAAGGAAGAACAGACGUGGACAAAAUAUGAUCGAUGUAUUGAGGAGGAGAGAAAGAAGAAAAAGGAUGAAGAGAAGAAGUCGCUUGGGAACUGA